AUUUCGGAAAGUUAUAUUCUUUAAUUUCAGAUAAUUAAAAUUUGAAAUGUGACUUUAAAAAUCCCGAAUGAACUUUGAUAAGAUUAGAAGUGACAUGGAUCAAAUAGAACAUGAUCCUCUGCGCUGCGAGGAAGAUAAAGAUCCUGAAAUUGAUCCCUUGGCUCCUGAAGCCCCUGUAGAUGAUCAGCAGAGACUAAGAGUAGAUGAUGUAAACAAGGAUAGACCUGAAGAAGACGAUCAAGAAUCUACUGUGAAUACUCCUGAACCUCCUGAAGAGAUGAAGGUUGAGGAACAGCUGGAAACCGGAGAAAAGGAACUCCAACAGUUUAUACAGAAGAAUAUAGAGCUAGCUUCAGAGGGUAGGGGAACUACAGGUAGAGAAUAU